AUGCACCCGGGGAAGGAGUACUUCGCCACAGUAACACUGACUGGUAAGGGUUCCCCGGUCAAGGAUCUGAAGGUCAGUACGGCUAUGCAGCACGAUGCCUCCCCAUACCAAUACGCUUCGACCCUCAGAACGAUCAUGUUCGACAGUUUCUGGAAGAGUUGCGCGUUUCUACCUCUCGCCAAGGAUGAGUUCAGAAUCACUAUUCAGAUCGAAUCUGCUCUUAUCCGUAAAGUGCACACGACUCCAUUCCUUAUCGGCCCAUUCGCUAUGCUCCUGGCACCACCCUAA